AUGAACAGAAGCAGCAGCUCCGAUCUGGAAAAGGAUGGAAAAAGGAGCCGUGAAGAAGAUGGACAUGCUACUGAAAGGUUAAGCCAUCUUCCAGAACCCAUUAUUCAUCACAUUCUUUCGUUUCUAGAAACCAAAUGGGCCGUUCGAACAUCUGUGUUGUCCCGAUUCUGGAGGUGCGCCUGGAAACAUGUCCCUGUCCUCAAGUUAUAUAGUAAUUCCUUCCAACAGUAUUCCAGUUUCGAGAGAUUUGUGGAGAACAUUUUGUCCCUCCGUCAUCCCUUUACUGUCCGCUCGAUGACCUACGCUGUGAAUGAUGAGUUAGAGUUGGAGGAGGAGGACGAUGAGUUUGUCAAGGUUAUCAAGUAUGCUUUAUCCCAUGGCAUUCAACACUUGACCUUUUCUCUGUUCUAUAUUGUGGAUGUCCAAGACACUUACGGAUUCUCAGAUUUGUUUGGCACUAUCUCAAAUUGCAACCUCAAAACCCUAGACCUAUUUGGUGUCCACAUCGAUGGUGGAUUUGGAUCUUCUGGUUUUUCAAUGCUGACAACUCUCGAAUUGGGGCAGUGCCUACUAGCUUCUGAUCAGGAUGGCGAUUUCGAUCCUUUCUCUAACUUUCCGUGUCUGAAGAAAUUGGUCCUGGCUCAUUGCAAGCAUCUGGACAGUGAGGUGCCUGGGCAUGAAAGGCGUCUCAAGAUAUAUGGACCCCAAUUGCUUAGUCUGGAACUGGAGUUAGUUUGGUCGUCUCACAUGGAAAUAGUUGCACCCAGACUCAAAUUCUUAUGUCUUGAACAUGACCUGGAAAAUCUGAAAUUCUCUAACUUAAGCUUUCCUGCCCUUGAUCAUGCUUAUAUUCAUAUCUAUGAUGACUUCCAUUUCAUGGAGGGUAACAAGGAAUGUGCGACAAAAGGUUCAAUCUCUUUGCUCCAAGCUUUAAGUAAUGUAACCUCAAUAAAGCUGCAUUCCUGCACCAUUGAGGUACUGAGUAAUAUUUCAGAGUUUCUGGAACAACAACCCUCUCCCUUUACGAGAUUGAAUUACUUAGGCGUGCGGGGAGACACUGUACCUUACCAACUGCGCAAUUACUUUCUGAAAGGGUCAUCUAGUUCAAAACCAACUCUUGAGUUUGCAUAG